CGCUUUGCUAUUUUACCUGACAACGAUGACGUGUCAGUCUAUAUGGCAAUCGACACGUGUCAGCAAUAAAUGCCGGCAGUGUAUUUGCUGACGCGAAUGACGUUUAUUCGAUGAAUUCGAUGUUGUGCCGCAGACUAGCUACAAGUGCUCGUAGCCUGAGCUCACGACCGCGGCUCACGCUCUAUGUGGGUGGCCCAGAGUGUACGCUGUGCGAAGAAGCGCUCGAAAAGCUCGAAUCGAUGCCAGACCAGCCUGACUUUGACUUGCAAGUCUACAACAUCAGAGACGAUCGGCUGCCAGAUGUGAAGAUCUGGCGGCGCCGAUAUCAGUACGAUAUCCCCGUCUUGCAUCUCGGAAACGAGCAGAUCAUGAAGCAUCGUAUCGAUACCCAAAAGCUAUCUGAGCGACUGCGAGCAUGGUCGAACACAUCUUGAGACUAUCUGUUCGACUGUCGCAUCGAUUUGCCCGGUCGCUUGGCCGAACCACGCUUGGCGCCUCGUGAGCCCCCUCGGCUCGAGCCACCGCGACUACCGCCACGUCCGCCACGAGAUCGACCUCUGCCGCCAAACGAGCCAGCGUCGAGUGAUUCGCGAGUGUUCUCUUUGGGUCUUCUGCCCGCAGAAGGAUUGCCAUACUUGGCGUCCCGAUCGCUCCGAGGCAUACGACCCCCGCCUCGUCCGCCACGCCCACCACGACCGCCACGUCCACCACGAGCAUUGUCGAACUUUGCUCUCUUGCUCGGCGGCUCGUCCGUGUCGAGCAGAUCGACAUCGAACUCGUCGCCCGCAUCGACCUCGCCGCCAUCCUUUCGCUCUUUGCUGGAAAGCUUUGACUUUUUGAGACAGCGACUUUUUCUCUGC